GCGUAUGUUUAGUUGGGUUGAUAUACCAUAUGUUUGAUGUUUUGUUUUCAUUGAUACAUUAAAUUAUAUAUUGCAAUUCAGUUUACGAUCAUUUGAGAUGGUUCGUAUGUGCCAGUCGCUCAUAGUGACUUUGCUACUUCUGAAUAAGAUAACUACAACUUCCGGCAAUGCGGAUGAUUGUUACCUCCCCGAAGAGAUAGAAAAUGGGAAGCGUAUAGAGUACUCCCAUAAUGAAGCACGUUACGAGUGUAAUAUAUUUGACGGUUAUAAACUAAUGCCUGCGAGUAUAGUUAAAAGUGACGGCUGGGUUAAGUGUGUUGGUAAUGGAAAUAUAAAACCUGACUAUCCCUCUUGUGAACAAAAAUUGAAACGCAUCGGUGAUCUUCCUAAAUCAGUCUUGGAAGUAAAACAAUUUUUGUCGCAUGGACCAGUGGGGAAAGAGUCCCCCCAUCUUGGCGAGGCGUGCCCAGAAGAUUACGUCGUGAUACGUGAAGGCGAUGACGAACGCUCGACGGAGAAAGUUUGUAAACAGUGUCCUAUGGGAAUGUACAAGAGUAAAAUACGAGAAUGUGCAAUGUGCGAAAACAACAUGAUGUCGAUAUUUGGAGCAACCGGAGAAGAUCAAUGUUUCAAACCUAGACCAAAUAUCCAGCUUCUCACUAAGGAGAUGAAAGAAAUCGAUGAAAACUUUAAAGAAAAUCCUUGUAAGAUUGUGAAGUUUGUUGGAGACAUGAUAGACACCUGCAAAAGCAGCCAAGGUCUCGAAUCUCCAAUCUGUGAACAUCUGCUGUCCCAUCUACACGAAAACCUUGUGAACGAUUACAUGGAGGGGAAUGAAAACAAGUGGUGUGAAAACAACUAUUUCAUGAAAAAUGUCACAGAAGAAUUCCAGGAAUCACCGUGUACAUCAAUCAACAAUUUAAUGUUACAACUUGAGAGCUGUGAUUCUGAAGACGAUUUAUGCAGCGAUCUUACCGAAACAAUGUCGGAUACGGUUGAUGAUGUAGAAGAUAUGAAUUUGUGCAAGGAGAAAAAGUUCUUAUUUUACGUGCUCGAGCGCAUUCUUGUUUUCGAAAAUCCCUGUGACCUUCACAAAUUAUUGAUUAGCAUGAAAACUACUGAAAUGGCAAAAAGAUCGAUGAUGGCAAAACCAAUUUUUGAUAGAAUUGAUAGUAUGGUGAGCAGCGAAGGAUUUGUCGAGAUGAUCGAAGAAUGGCUGGACACUUCUGACUUUUGGUCUGUCGAUAUGUGCCAGGAGACUACGGCAGUGAAGUCCUUAAUUUACGAUGACAUGAUAGACGACAAAUGCAACGCGUUGAAAAAUCUCGGAUCAUUCAACAAGAGUUGUGAGAAAGAAGCGUUCCAAAAUAAAAAUAAAAUUGCUUGCAAGAUCUCAGAAGCUAUUUCAAUGACAGGGAUGCCUGAAAAGUUCGAAGAAGCCACAAAUUUGGACAUGUUUAGUUUAGAUCCUUGUGAAGAGGGCGAAAGAGCAUUAGAUCACUUGAAAGGUGUUGGUAAGGAACCUUGCACCAUUUUGGAAAGCUUCAAAGAUUUUAAGAGUUGCUCCGACAGUUCUCUUUAUUGUAAGGUAAUGAGUAAAGUGCUUGACUGGUUCGAGGGAGAUGCUGAGGAGGAUCACAUUGAGCAUGAGGGCAUAUUGGGUGCUACGUUAUCGGAUACAUAUGAUAUGAGUAUUACAGACAUCAAUCCAUGUGAAAUGGUGAAGUUUAUCGAUGAACUUUGGGUUAAGAUAGGAGAGAAGCCUUGUGAUAUGUUUCAAAUUAUUGAGAAGGAAGGCUCAUGUACUUCUAAGGGAGCACCUUGCAAGAUGUUCUCAAAAUUAGUUGAAGAGUUGACCGACUCAGAGAUAGCAUCUGAAUUUAACGAUGUAUUCGGGUUCAGACUAUGGGAUAUGAACCCCUGUGAAGAAUGGGAACACGCGAAAACAUUUUUGUUAGCUCUUAUAGAUAGACCUUGCUCUUUCCUCAGUUUAUUCGAGUCACAACACAAGGCACAGUGUCCAACGGGCACAAAAUCUGUUGUUUGUACUGGGUUAGAUCUUGCAGCAUCCGAAAUAAGCAAAGAUUCACACAUUCAGGAUUUCUUGGACUCCAUAAAUUUGUGUGAAGAACAGGAUUAUUCCGUCAGAAUUUUCAAGGAGGUUUCCAGCCAAGUUUCGAAAGGUAAUUGUAUUGGCUACAAAGAAGUCUCAAGCUACAUUGACGACUGCCCAAAAUCAGAUCCAUAUCUUUGUUCCAAAUUUGGUGAUUUCAUUAACUGUUUGGGGAACGGUCCUGAUAGAAAAUCGAAUGUGAAAAAGACGAGGGAAGGUGAUGACAAGGAUGAAAUGGACGAUGUGAUAAAUGGCAUUUGUUCAGCAGCCCUUGACAUUAGAAAAGGUGCGGCCAACAUUGAAACUGAACUCAAAGACGUGUGUACUGACAUGUUUCCUGAGGUUUGCUCGGUGAUUUCAGAGUUUUUCUCGGAAAAAAAUGAAAUUACAUCUUGUACUUUCAAGAAGAUGCUCUUAAGUCUAGGAGAUGCUCUUACCUCAGAUGUGACCACUAAAAAUAUUCGCUCAAUCAUAGACUCACUUCUCGAUGAGACAUCGUUCUUUGAAGAGUACAACAAAGGAGGGCUAACUAAUACAGAUUUGGAAUGCCACCUUACCAACGUUUUCGACGUUAUCUCCUUUGAGGCACUUUUGGUUCCAACAUUUGCAGACAUCUUAAGUUCGAGAAUUGUCAAAAGGUACUAUGAAAACAUUGUAUACCCUGCAAUUGACGCUGUUCUUGGACCUAUAAAGGAUGAUUUACCUUCUAUGUUUUCUUCAUUCGGAGAUGUUUUUGAAACCGUGAUGGAAAAAAUUGAUUCCGCAAUUUCCCCGGUUAUGGAGAUGGCUAAGGAUCUGGGUGCAAAACAAUUCAUGAAAGACGUGAAAGUAAUGGUUGCCGGGAUACUCAAAUACUACUUUGUGGAGAACGAGGAUACAUCAAAAAUGAUGACAGAUGUUGCUUAUCUUUUCCAAAUUGACCCUACAAAUAUUUAUAAGCUUCCUGAAGUAUCCCUAAAAAAGUACAUUAACCUUGUAUUUGAAAAUGUUCCGGAUCAAAGUGAAAUGAUUGAUUUCUACAUGGACCUGUCUUAUGACGACUGGGCAAGCCACACACUCGUAACUGCUGGACUGAGAAAUUGGGCGUUUCAAUUCAGCAAGUACAUGACAGUCAUUGAAAAUAGAGCUGUGGAACGUGGUUUUGUUUGCCCUGAUGAGGCGGCGGCAAGUGUUAAAAAAGGAGAUAUGCUAAUAAACCUUUUCGGCGGCGAUAAUAAUGACUAUGAUAGUGACUAUGAUAGUGACUACGAUAAAGACUAUGAUGAAGGAGAUCACCAGUAUGAUGACAACGAUUAUAAUGAUGAACAUAACAGUGACUAUGAUAGUGACUAUGAUAGUGACUACGAUAAAGACGAUGAUAAAGGAGAUCACCAGUAUGAUGACAACGAUUAUAGUGGUGAUGGUGAACAUAACAGGAAACGAAAAAUGCUCAAACGACCUAAACGAGCUGCUAGUGCUAGUAGCACUACUAGUGCUAGUAGCACUGCUAGUGCUAGUAGCACUACUAGUGCUAGUAGCACUGCUAGUGCUACUAGCACUGCUACUCCUGCCCCAGAAACUUCGCCAACUCCAUCUAAUGAGUUUAUGUUCGUAAAUCGGACGGUGGAAAAUGCAAUGGAGUGGUUUUAUCUCACCCCGGUUCCCAUCGAUUACGAUAUUUGGGGAGGCUCCGAAAAAGUCAACGUAACAAAAUACGAAGACGAAUUCAAGUACGGCGAAAAGGAAUCCGUCAAGGAGAUGAUGAAAUACAUGCCACAAUUUGACAGUGAUGAAAUUCCGAUCUUGCAACUGGAAUAUGGAAAAUAUUACGGAAAUGUACUUUACUGGCUCCAGAAAGAUCUACUAGAAACAAUGAAGAUGGUCUAUCCGGAAUGUAAUAUAGUGAAAAAGAUACUGAAUCGUGUUGAGGAUUGCAAAGAGGUCCAAGGAUCAAUCAUCUGCUAUCCCCUCCUUAUGCUGGAUCAGCACAUUUUGAACAUAGUCCGACAACACUGUGGUCCGAUAUGUAUGGAAGCUAUACUAACGAUUGCUAAUCCUUGCGAAAUACCUUUGGAUGUCACAAGUGAACAGUUCGAUCGGAAAAACCAGGUGGUAUUGAAAGUGCACGGUAACGUUUAUCACUUCACGGAACUUUCGUGGGAUAAGGUCUUGAGAACAGGAAAAGGUUACGUUAUGAGAGUCAUGGGAUGUCCCCUCAACUGGUUGGACUCAUAUCUCAAGAAUGACAUGGCCUCCCUGAUGCAGAUGCUUGAGAAAGUAGCCCCUGCAGCUGGUUUCCCUGAGGUUUACUCUUUGAUGAAAACACACCAUCUUGACAAAAAGAUUACAGAUGUGGCAAUGAUGGGACUUGACCUUCUCAAACGAUCUGGGAUCACAUGUAAUAGUGGCGAGGACAACAAAAGGGUUCGGUAUACCAUGGAACAAUGCGACGAAGGAGAAUAUAUGUCAGAUACAGGUUGUAAAUCUUGUCCUGGCAUUAAAUAUAGUAACAAAGGAGCUUACGGCGUGGACCAGUGUGACCGAACUGACCCUAAAUCUACAUCAUGUCGACCAGUAUCAGUACGCCCAGGUUUCGGGACUCUAGACUGUACUUCUGAAACACCUAUUUCUUGCACCUACACGUGCCCAGAUGACACUUUCUUCUUCAUGAAAAACAAAGUGCAAUCCAAGUUCGAUUUUGACUGUGACGAAUCAACUAAGAAAUGGUCGCAUCAGGACGAUAAGAAUUCGUUUGGUAGCGUACCAAAUUGUGCCGAGAUCAAAUCGCCCUCUCCGAAACUUAAAGUUGCUAUUCAAUUUGACGCUUCUGAAUGUCCUUCUGAAACUCAAUUAUCAACUUCCAUUAAAGAGUAUUUCAAAACAUCAUCAGAAGAAUCAUAUGACUGUUUCAAAUCCGGUGAUGACAGCCAAUGUUCUGUCAAACAAGUGGCUUGUGAAGCGUUGGAUUCGAGUAUUGAGAUAAAUUUAACUGUGGAUCAAAAAGCAAGCCAAGACUCCACGAAGUUGGAGAACGUGAAGAGUAAGCUCGUUGACGAAGCAACUGAAAAAACCCUGAUUUUGACCAUACAAGAGAGUCGCCGAAGGAGGAAGAGAGAAGAUCAGACUCUCAGCUCCAAUGGAGACGUUGAGGCAGAGGAUGUAACAACCGAGUGUGAUUCCGGAUAUCAGACAAUCGACGACGAUUGCCUUGCAUGCGCGGCGGGAACGUACUACGAAUCCGAUGGUACGUGUACUGACUGUCCAGAUUUCACCUACAACGAUCUGGACGCUGCGACUGAGUGCUCUGCGUGUCCUGAAGGAUACUAUACGUAUGGGGGUGGACACGACUCACUAGCUGACUGCAUUGGACCAUGUGCGGAGGGAUCUUACAGAGACGAGGUGACAAUGAGUUGUGUGGUUUGCCCUGAGGGUGAAUCUUCCCCUUACAACUCAUCCUCCAUCGACAGUUGUGAGGGUUGUCCGGUGGGAGAGUAUUUCUACAACGAGACAUCCCAAUGUGAAAAGUGUCCUCUCGCUACCUACAACAGCCAAGCUGGAGCAACUUCUUGCACGUCCUGUAAAACUGGCUGGUUCACUGUCGGUGAUAACAAAACUUCCGAUGAUGAUUGUUUGGAGCCCUGCCUUCCGGGAGAGUUCAUGGAUAUGGAAGCUGAAGAAUGUACGACCUGUCCGGAGGGGUCCACUAGCUUACCUAAUGCUACCUCCUCCUACGACUGCGAUUUGACGCUAGAGCAAUUUGUAGAGCUAAUCGAGGACAAUGCAGAUGCAUUCGAAGAAUUGGCAGACGAUGGUGGUAUUGAUAUGGAUGCUUUAAAUGAAGCCAUUGAAGACAUUGAAGAUGAAUUGGAGGAGUCUGAAGUUGAUGACCCUUUUAUUGAAGAUGAAUUGGAGGAGUCUGAAGUUGAUAAUGAUGAGGAACCUGAUGCUGGAAACACUAUUCUGGCAUAUGGAGUACCAUUCUGGCUCGGACUGAUAAUGAUGGUCUUGAAGUUGAAUUUGGUGUUUUUGUAAAACACCGAUGUAAAUACUUAAUACAAAA